UAGCUUUGGCUUCAAGAGCACUUGAGCCGCCGUAACAAGCUUCUCUUUCUAUAAUUUUUUCGUUUUUGUCACUUCACCGUUUUCGUACACUCUUUCUUCUCCAACCAAACUAAUUAGUUUUCAACGUUUUAAUGGCGUCUCUUACCUCAAUUUCUCAGUCCCAAUCAUUUAUAAUCAAACCCCACCUGACAAUCACCAACACCAACUCCAUACCUGGUUUUUUUGGUUUCAGGUUCCAGCCACUUCAGUUUCAAUCUUACAAAAUUACUAGAAUGCCUCACAGAAACGGGGUUGGUGUAGUUUCCGCCACAACUGUGGAGAAGGCCAGAAAGCGUUACCCAGGAGAGGCAAAGGGGUUUGUUGAGGAGAUGAGGUUUGUGGCAAUGAAAUUGCAUACCAGAGAGCAGGCUAAAGAAGGGGAGAAGGAGGUCAAGGAGCCUGAGGAGCGUACUGUAACUAAAUGGGAGCCUUCUGUUGAUGGAUACCUCAGGUUUCUUGUUGAUAGCAAGUUGGUUUAUGAUACUCUUGAAGAGAUCAUUCAAGAAGCCCCCUUUCCAAUUUAUGCUGAAUUCAGAAACACGGGAUUGGAAAGGUCUGAAAAAUUGGCUAAAGAUUUGGAGUGGUUCAAAGAGCAGGGUUAUACCAUUCCAGAGCCUUGUUCUCCUGGUGUUACCUAUGCAAAGUAUCUUAAGGAAUUGUCGGAGAAGGAUCCUCAAGCUUUUAUUUGCCACUUCUACAAUAUAUAUUUUGCUCACUCUGCUGGUGGUCGAAUGAUUGGGAAAAAGGUUGCUGAAAAGAUACUUGAUAACAAGGAAUUGGAGUUCUAUAAAUGGGAUGGUGAACUUUCCCAACUUCUGCAGAAUGUAAGAGACAAGCUGAAUAAAGUUGCAGGAAGCUGGACCAGAGAGGAGAAGAACCAUUGUCUGGAUGAAACGGAAAAAUCAUUCAAGCAUUCAGGGGAGAUCCUUCGUCUAAUAUUAUCAUGAUAAGGAUGAAUGCUUUGCAAUCUUUGUGACCUUGUAUAAGGAAUGGCGCAAGCCGCAACAGUCUUGUUGAUAUCGAAAACCCUUUUAUUUUUUUCUUGUAACUUGAUGAAACAUUUAUUCACUACAGUUGUGCAUAAUUUGAAGUCUUAUUCAAGAUAUAAUCCAAUCUAGGAACUUUGGUUUAA